AUGAGUACUCCGGUCGAACAAGACUAUUCCAAGGAGAAGGGGCUCCAGGAAAACCACUCCGUCGAGGCCAGCCCGGUGGAGGUUGCACCUCUCGAUGAUCCGACUAAGAGUCGCUGGGAGCGCAGCUGGCCAACCAUCGCAUGUGGUGCCGGUCUCUUCUCCGAUGGCUAUCUGAAUGGUGUUAUUGGCCAAGUCAAUACCAUCCUGGGUAAAAUCUACCCGGAUACCUAUGCAAAGUCUCCUGCUAGUCAAAAUGUUUCCGCCAUUGCUUUCGCCGGUACUGUCGUCGGUAUGCUCAUCUUUGGCUAUACGAGCGAUAUAUAUUCUCGCAAGUGGUCUCUGAUGAUUUCUACUAUCAUCCUCUUCGUCUUCGCCGCUCUCUCGGCGGGCUCCUAUGGUUCAAAUGGCAGCCAGUAUGGCUUGUUUGCUGCUCUCACGGCUUAUCGUUUCUUCAUCGGUAUCGGCAUCGGAGGCGAGUACCCUGCUGGGUCCGUUGCGUGUGCUGAAAACACAGGAGAGCUCAAGGCCGGCCACCGCAACCGUUGGUUUAUCAUGUUCACCAACUUUCAAAUUGACUUCGGUUUCGUGGUCUCGGCUUUUGUUCCUAUGAUACUAAUGCUGAUUUUCACCGAGGAUCAUAGUCGCGCUGCCUGGCGUGUGGCCUUAGGCUUGGGCGUGAUUCCGCCUUUGAGUCUUAUUUACUUGCGUUUGAAAUUGAAGGAGCCAGAAGAAUUUAGCCGUGAGCGCAUGCGUUCGUUUCCGGUGUGGUUGAUCAUGAAGUUCUACUGGAAGCGUUUGGCCGCCGUUUCCCUCAUCUGGUUCAUUUAUGAUUUUUCCGCCUAUUCUUUUGGAAUCUACUCCUCGACCUGGAUCUCCCUCAUAAUCGGUGACGACGCGCCACUGUGGAAGACAUUUGGCUGGACCACGGUGACCUACUUGUUUUACAUUCCUGGCUCCUUGCUCGGUGCUUUCGCCAGUGACUGGAUCGGCCCAAAGCAAACCCUUGGCCUGGGAGUCUUUCUGCAGGGUGUAAUCGGUUUCAUCAUGUCUGGCUGCUACAAGUGGCUUGCAACGUCCGAGAAUGUGGCAGCCUUUGUCGUGGUUUAUGGAAUUUUCCUCGCCCUCGGCGAAUUUGGUCCUGGUGACAAUAUCGGCCUGUGUGCAGCCAAGUCCUGCGCAACUGCCAUCCGUGGGCAGUAUUAUUCAUACGCAGCGGCUAUCGGAAAGAUUGGAGCCUUUGUGGGAACCUACGUGUUCCCCAUUAUCCAAAAGAAUGCCCCCAAUGCGACUCGCGCUGGACAGGACCCAUUCUUUGUUUCUAGCGCCCUGUGCAUCCUCAGUGCUGCGCUGGCCGUGUUCCUCCUCCCAAAUAUUAACCAGGACACUGUCACCUUUGAAGAUGCUCGCUUCCGCGAGUACCUGACCCAGAACGGCUACGAUACCUCAACUAUGGGUACCGCAGGACACGGCGCCCGCGCCGAGGAAGAGUAG